CUCGAUUCAUCCGACCCAACCUUCCUCAGUACCCACUCUCACCUCCUAGUGGGCUAUUGCAAUCGCAACUGCAAUUGCGAUUAAAUCACUGCUCACGUCGCAAUCAUCUCGAUUUCCCGACAUCGAACCGCAAGGGGCGGGCGGUAGACCCAUCCCGCAGGCUCCUACUUUCCGUGCCGUGCCCAGCACUCUCCUUCCACACAGCACCCAUCCACAUCGUCCCCGCGUCUUUCCCAACAAGUUGUGUCUUCCAGCAUUCAUCAUGGCCUCACCAACACAUCCCUCCAACACUGGACCUACAUCAUCCGCAAACCACCCCAUUACACCCCCAGCCGACCACCAAUCCCAGCCCGCCGCGCCGCCGCCGCCCACCUCCAACAUGAACCCCACGACGACAACGACGACGACGACGAACAACACCACAACCACCAACCCUACCUCCUCUGCCUCCACGACCACCGCCGCUAACAACCCCAACACCACCGGCCCCUCGCACCCCAACCAACCAACACAGAUUCCCUCCACCUCACUCAAAGACACGGGCAAAUCGCGCCGACCGCGCGACGUGCGCCUCAUCCACAUGCUCCUCGCCAGCCUGGGCGUGACCGCCUACCAGGAGCGGGUACCCUUGCAGCUCCUCGACUUCGCGUACCGGUAUACGUCGAGCGUGCUGCAGGACGCGGUGCACCUGGCGACGGAAGGGUACGCGGGCGCGACGACGGACGGCGGGGCGGCGGCGCGCGGCCCGCCAGAGGUCAAUAGCGUGAGUCUGCCGGCACUGCGGCUGAGUAUCGCUUCCCGGCUGCACUACCAGUUCCAGUCCGGGUUGCCCAAGGAGUUUUUGAUGGAUGUGGCGGCGGAGCGCAACCGCGUGGCGCUGCCGGGCGCCAGCCGCGGAUUCGAUCAGCAGGGGAAUUCCAAGGUCGUGGCGGGGAGUCAGGGGAGUGUGCUCAUGGGCGGGCUGCGGUUGCCGCCGGAGAGGUUCUGUUUGACGGGGAAUGGGUGGAAUUUGAAGGAGGAGUGGGAGAGUGAGGGGGAGGAGGAGGAGGCGGAGGAGGAGGGGAGGAGGGAGAAUGGGGUUGUCGGGGUGAAGAAGGAGGAGGAUGAGGAGGAGGAGGAAGAUGAGGAUGGGAAAAUGGAGGAUGUGUUUGGAGAGGAUACGGCGAUGGGGGAGGGGGAUGACGAUGGGGAUAAGGAUAUGACGGAUGUUUAGCUGGUGACUUUGAAUGGCUGGUCUUUGGCUGUAGCUAUGGUGUUUUGGCGCAUGCCGGGCAUGUUGUUCUAAUUCUUGAUCUGGUUCAUGAGUAAGGAGGAGAUUUUCUGCUUCUAUUGAUGGAUUCCAUCCACAUUUUAAAUCAUCAUCAUCAUCAUCCUCUGCUUCCUUCUACUCUACUAUACAUGGGGGUACACAUCUAUGCAAGCCCCAGUCACUGCAUACAACCCCAAAACAAAACCAAAAAAAAAGUGAAACCAAGAAUUAGAGAGAAAUAAAAACGCCCAUAUCUCCUACAAAAACAUAGCAGCAACACAA